AUGCCGUUCCUAAGAACCCUGGUUGUGCUGGCUGUCCUCUGCGCGCCAACCUCCAGCCUCUGUCUCAGACUGUACCAGAGCGACUACAACCUCCUCUGUGACGAUGACAUACUAGCUGAGGUCCAGACGAACGACGUUCCCAGUGACACGUUCCCAGUGUCGGAAAGCUUGGGCUCCCUCUUCAAGUCCGGAGACACUCUCUCCUCCGCAGAGUCGCGGGAGAAAAGGACGUCGACUUACCCCGCCAACUACAGGUUUCUCAGUCAGACGCAGCUAAGGAGUAAGAUGUUCCAGAACAGCAUUAAUAAUGAUCGGCUACGCAAGUUUACCCUGUCUCUAGAUGUGCCCACCAACAUCAUGAACAUUCUCUUUGACAUCCAAAAGUCCAAGAACCUGCGCGCAAAAGCGGCCGACAACGCGCGUCUGAUGGCGCAGAUUGGACGAAGGAAGAGACAGUAG